GCCGUUAAACCACAUCGAAGAAGAAGAAGAUCCCGUCAUACUGAUGUGUCUAUACCAUAUAGAAUAAUACAUUGAACGAUUCUGAUCGCUCCCACAGGAUCUCAUAAUUUCCAUUUACAGACAAACAAUUACAGAAAAAUCCACCUCCAAGCCCGACCAUGUCUGAGCCGGGUUCUGGCUGUGAUGAUCCGGCCCAGAGAAGCUCACAGCCUGGUCCAGAGACGGUGUCAGUGAAGCUGGAGGACUGCGGUCAAACACUGGAACUCAAUGUGAUUGUGAAAGAGGAGGAGGAGAGAGAAAUCAAGGAGGAAGAAAACAGUGACUCGGGAAAGAGCUCCAACCCAGACUCGGACAGCAAGUCCAGGCCCACAGCAUCAGGAAAUCAUAAACAAUGCAGACAGAAGUCCCAACCCUGCUGUAGCGACAGUUUUAUUUGUCCAACUCACCUCAAAUCACUCAAACAGACUCCCAAAAUAAAGAAGACAUACCUCUGCUCCCAAUGUGGGAAGAGUUUCAGUCGGACAGGAGACCUAAAGAGUCACGAGAGAUCACACAGUAAAAAAAAGCCUUACCACUGCGUUCAAUGUGGGGAGGGAUUCACUCAGCUUGGAAGUCUAAAAAGUCACCAGAGAAUACAUACAGGGGAGAAGCCUUACCACUGCUCCCAGUGUGGGAAGAGCUUUAAUCGUUCAGGAAACCUUACAGAACACCAAAGAAUACAUACAGGGGAGAAGCCUCACCACUGCACCCAAUGUGGGAAGAGUUUCAGUCGGGCAGGAAUUCUAAAGAAUCAUAAGAGAACCCACACAGGAGAGAAACCUUUCCACUGUUCUGUUUGUGGGAAGAGUUUUACAAGAGAAGUAAGCCUAAAGAAUCAUCAAAGAGUACACACUGGAGAGAAACCUUUCCACUGCGCCACAUGUGGGAGGGGUUUCAGUGAGAAAGUAAAUCUUAAUAGACACGAGCGAGUACAUAGUGAAGAGAAGCCUUACCACUGCACCACAUGUGGGAAGAGCUUUAAUCACUCAGGAAGCCUUAAGGAACACCAGAGAAUACAUACAGGGGAGAAACCUUACCACUGCACUGAGUGUGGAAAGAAAUUCCGUUUUGCGGGAGAUCUAAAGAAUCACCAGAGAUCACACAGUAGGGAGAAGCCUUACCACUGCUCUCUUUGUGGGAAGAGUUUCAAUCAACCCGGAAACCUAAAGAGUCAUCAGCGAAUACACAUAGAAGAGGUGCCUACCAGUACUCUCAAUGUGAUUGUCAAAGAGGAGGAGGGUGAGAGGAAAAUCAAUGAUAAGGUAAAGAGAGAAGUUGAGGAAAGUAAUGGUGUAGUUGACUCAGGUACAUCAAGACUACCUGGUCGUGGGAGUUACCCCUGUCCUCAAUGUGGGAAAAAUUUUAGUUCCUCAAGUAAUCUAAAGAAUCAUCAAAGAGUACACACUGGUGAGAAACCUUUCCACUGCUCAGUAUGUGGGAAGCGUUUCCGUGAGAAAGCACACCUUAAGAGACAUGAGAGGGUACAUAAUGGAGAGAAGCCUUACAACUGCUUCGAAUGUGGGAAGAAUUUCCGUGUGGAAGAGACCCUACAGAAACACCAGAGAAUCCACACAGGAGAGAAGCCUCACCACUGCUCUCUUUGUGAGAAGAGCUUUAAUCAUUCAGGAAGCCUUAAAGAACAUCAAAGAAUACAUAGUGGAGAAAAGCCUUACCACUGCUCUCUUUGUGGGAAGAGCUUCCAUCAUUCGGGAACCUUUAAGAAACAUCAGCAAAAACACAUUGGAGUGAAACCUACCUGCAAUCUCAAUGUGAUUGUCAAAGAGAAGGAUGAUGACUGUACUGUCAAUGUGAUUGUCAAAGAGGAGGAUGAUGACUGUACUGUCAAUGUGAUUGUCAAAGAGGAGGAUGAUGACUGUACUCUCAAUGUGAUUGUCAAAAAGGAGGAUGGUGACUGCACUCUCAAUGUGAUUGUCAAAGAGGAGGAUGAUGACUGCACUCUCAAUGUGAUUGUCAAAAAGGAGGAUGGUGACUGUACUCUCAAUGUGAUUGUCAAAGAGGAGGAGGAUGACCCAGAUACAUCAAGACUACCUGAUUGUGGUCGUUACCCCUGUCCUCAAUGUGGAAAGAAUUUUAGUUCCUCGAGUAAUCUAAAGAAUCAUCAAAGAGUACACACUGGAGAGAAACCUUUCCACUGCUCUGCAUGUGGGAAGAGUUUCAGUGAGAAAGCAAACCUUAAGAGACAUGAGAGAGUACAUGAGAAGGAAAAGAGAGAAGUUGAGGAAGAGGAGAAAACUGGUAGUAUAGUUGACCCAGGGACAUCAAGACUACCUGGCCGUGGGAGUUACCCCUGUCCUCAAUGUGGGAAGAGUUUCAGUUCCUUAGGUAAUCUAAAUAAUCACCAAAAAGUACACACGGGAGAGAAGCCUUACCAUUGCACCCAAUGUGGGAAGAGCUUCAGUGAGAAAGCAAACCUAAAGAGACAUGAGAUAGUACAUAGUGGAGAGAAGCCUUACCACUGCACCCAAUGUGGGAAGAAUUUCCGUGCGGCAGAUACCCUACAGAAACACCAGAGAAUCCACACAGGAGAGAAGCCUAACCACUGCUAUUUUUGUGGGAAGAGCUUUGAUAAUUUAGGCAGCCUUAAGGAACAUAAAAAAAUACAUAAUGGAGAGAAGCCUUACCACUGCACUCAAUGUGGGAAGAGCUUCAAUUACUCAGGAAAUUUUAAGAAACAUCAAAGAAUACAUAUUGGAGAGAAUCCAACCUUUAUUCUCAAUGUGAUUGUCAAAGAGGAGGAGGAAGAUGGAAAAGAGAGAGAAGUUGAGGUCGAGGAGAGAGAUGUGAAGGAAGAGGAUACAUAAGCUAACUAGGAAAGGAGAGUUUUACCUCAUAUCUUUGCAAUGCUGUCUUCUGUGUCAGUAUGGGAUUGGGCAGCACCAUUGAGGGCGAUCUCCUUUUUAAAAUAGUCCAUAUCUUGUACUUCUAUGAGUGUAUUGGAAGGUAGCAAAUCAACUGAAAAAGUACAUACCACCUAUUUUGGUGGAGUGUGUAUAAUCUGAACAGGAUACCACCUCCUAAUGUACUGCAGUCUGAACAGGAUACCACCUCCUAAUGUACUGCAGUCU